AUGCUUUUCACCUUGCAUCAAUACUGGUCUAAGUCUAUUUUGUGGAAAUCCAAUUGUUGUUCCCACAUAAUCCAAUUCCAACACAAUUUGGGAUACAAAAGAUCCCGAGCGAGGAUCCAAAUAAUACCGUCACAUGACUCAAAUCACGAUACAAAUUCUACCGACGCAUUAUCCAAAUGUUUCCGACGGGGACCCCACGAAAAAGCCCGGCGAGUCCGCCGUGUACCGCUCCGUCGACGUGCCGCACGGCCUGCCGUUGACCACGGGGCUGCGCAUCCAGGCGGGCUACAAAGUCAGGGACGGCAUCCUGAAGGACAUCUGGCACCAGGCGUUGCAGGCAAACACGAUUCUCGAGGUGGGCGGCGCAAGGCGCUCGACUCGCCAGAUAAAUGGCAUGAUUUUGCAUCUGGCCCAGCAGAUGGACCAGCACAGCGUGGGCCCGCGCGUGGGGCUCAAUUCGGGCCUCGACGACCUGCACGCGCUCGUGGUGCUCUUCUGCUGCUUUUUCGUGUGCGACAGGACCGUUGUUGUGGGAGAAGACCCGAGCGUGGACGUGCUAUUCACCAGAAAGACGGCCGACUCUGCAGCCAACGUCGUCGAUCUGGACGACCCGGCGUAUUUUGCCGAGUGUCCCGAGACCGCGGAGUACGCGUACGACCCCCUCAAAGACUACGCCCGGUUCAACAACGAGCCAUACGUCGAGCUGCUCGACGGCACAGAAUACCGGUAUUUCCAGCGCAGCUUUGUUUCCGCCGUCGCGUCGCAGCUGAUGUCUCUGUCGACGGCGUUCGCGUGGACAAACCGCGACAGACUGCUUGUCGUGCCGGGCAACAGGAACAACGCGCUCGUCAAGAUCCUGUGCGGGCUGCUCACGGGCGUCGAGCACAUCACCGUCGCGGCCGACGCGCCGAUCGACGCGCUCGUCAGCUGCCGGCCGACCAUCGUCUCUGCUCCGAGCGCGUGGCUGCAGCCCCUUGUGGAGGCGCGGCCGUCUCUGCUGCGCGCGCUGCUGCUCAACCGCGCCGAGUUCCUCAACUCGCACGGCAUAUUUAA